UCAUUCCAGGAAGUGCCAGCCCUGUUUGUUCCUCCUUUGUUUUUGCUGUUAGAGCCAGAGACAAGCCGUGAAGCGGUUUGAGCUCAAAUCUACCCAAGUCUUUUUCCUCCUGGAUAUCUCGGUGCUCUCCGCUAUAGUUAGCCGGUACCGGAGCUGCUAACUCUCGUGCAGUGAAGCGGAGACGGUCACAGAGAAGACAAAGGUGGAUUUAAAGUGUAACCUGAAAGUUGUAUCUGGACAAAGAUCACCUGAUUCCAGCAAACAUGGAUGGAAGACCCACCUGUGACCAGUGUGGAAAGACUUUCACCACAGCAAGUCACCUAAAAACCCACCAACGCAUCCACACUGGAGAAAAACCAUAUGAGUGUGAUCAGUGUGGAAAUUCUUUCACCACAACAAGUUCCCUAAAAGUCCACCAACGCAUCCACACUGGAGAAAAACCAUAUGAAUGUGACCAGUGUGGGAAGUUUUUCACCACAGCUAAUCACCUAAAACUCCACCAACGCAUCCACACUGGAGAAAAACCAUAUGAAUGUGACCAGUGUGGAAAUUCUUUCACCAGAACAAGUUCCCUAAAAAUCCACCAACGUAUCCACACUGGAGAAAAACCAUAUGAAUGUGACCAGUGUGGGAAGUUUUUCACCACAGCUAAUUACCUAAAAUGCCACCAACGCAUCUACACAGGAGAAAGACCAUAUGCCUCUGACCAGUGUGGGAAGUUUUUCACCCAAGUUAAUCACCUAAAAAUCCAUCAAUGUGCCCACACUGGAGGAAAACCAGACCAGCACAGAUUCUUUGACAGAUCUUUUAUCACAGGUUCAAAAUGUACUAAACGUGAAUGUGUCAAACAUUUCCUCAAAGGACAAAAACUGAACAGUCGUACAAAAAGUAAGACAUUGGACUCUAGUGGAAAGAGUCAGUGUCAUAACACACCUAAACAGUUUGAAUGUUUCCAAUGUGAUGAAAGAUUCUCGUCAUCCUCUGCCCUCUGCUAUCAUCAGCGCAGAUGUAAAUCAUCAACGUCUGGACCAAAAUGUCCCUCAGCAUCAGAUGACAAGAAGAAACACAGUGUGUAUGAACCAACAGCACCCACUUCUGACAAGAACAUCAGACUUAAAAACCUCCAGAUCAGACUUCACAGAAUCCAGAUGUGAAGACAAACAUCUGACUGAAGGCUGUGUUUUGUUGUCCUCAGAGUACAGAAGUGUGUUCUAAUGCACCACCUUCACAAAACAGUGAUGUUACUGAACCUCAACCUGCUACGAGGUGAAAGGUUCAACUAGUGGAGGUCAACAAGGACCUGGUUUCUAUGGUGAUACUACUUCUCACUGACUCUGUGGACUUUAAUCAGUAACUUGUUGUUGUGAUUCUGUUGCUGGUUGGGGUUCACACAGUUGGAUUUACAUCAGUUAGAAACAACAUGAUGAACAUAAUAUAACUGAGACAGAAUGACUGAUGAGCUGGUAGUGGUUUAGUCCCAAACUGAGGCCGACAACAUGAAGAAGAUCACAUUCCAUUGGAGGAGGAAGUCUGUUUAGCAGAAAGUUCACAACCACCAAAGGAGACGUCACAAUGAGUCAGUGCUCCAUCUAGUGGUCCAAUCUGGUAUUGGUCUGGUCCAGUGUUUACCUUAAUAUCAAACUGGAUUCAACAUUUUUCCGCUGGUCUAACCCUGACCUGCAGAAUGUGCUUGAUUUGACUGAAAAUGUGUUGAACUGCUGAUGACUGUGGUAAAGAAGAACCACUGGAUGGAUCAGAAAGUUCAGGACAUCAAUGGAACUGGAACAAACAUUUAGUCAUGUUCUGUUGUUCAAUGUUCUACUUAAUCACCUUGUUUUAUUCUAAUUCUAAAGUGGACCUGAAACAUGAGACAAAAGUAUUUACCAUAAUCACCCUUUAACAGUAUCCACUAAUUAUUUGUUCAAUUACUUCUUAAUGUUUUACUUUUUCCACUUAUUGAAUUGAAUGAAUUGUUAAUUUUGGUUUGUACGUUAAUCAUUGCACAAAGUACAAUAAUUAGAAUAAACAUCAAAACCAAAAAAGGAAUAGUCUAGAA